CAGUUUUCGCGCGCAACGCUUUGUUUGUUUUACGCUUAUAGACUUGCGCGACACUUUCUCUUACAAUUUCUCCAUUUUCCUGUAUCUAUCGUUUAAACUCGCCGUGAAUACUAGGAAACGUUUGUUCGAACGAUAAACGCGAGAAUAGACGGGACGAUAGAAUAUUGGUGACGCGUUGUUUUCCUCGGCAAAUAAUCGCGGUUUACCUAACGAGAAAGAAAAGGGAAACGAGUAGAAGUGUCCCUCGUGUUCCUUCUUGUCAUCGAAUUUUGCGGUCGUAUCGAAAUGAAGGAAGAAACGAAUUCUUCGAACAGUACAGGCGAUUGUAACAACGUUUACGGCGCGAUGGAUCGCAAGUCAUCGUAUCGCGACACAAUGCUCGGUAUUUAGGCAUUUUCUCCUCGAUCCGUGUAACAGUUUCGAGAUUAGCGAGUCAAAGAGAGAGCAGGGUCAUCGGCGACGAUACGCGUUAUCGGAAUUUCGCCAGAAUAUAUCGAGAUGCUAAUUUCGAGCGUUUGGUUCGAGGUAAUCGCAGCAGCACUAUUGACGACACUAAUCUUCGCGACUAGCUAUCGGCCAGUCUGGUGGUUCUGGAGCGGAGCUUCGCACAGGGCUAGCGCUCCAGCCGAAGUGACCGACCAGGACCGGAGGAAAUUUAAGACGGUCUCGGAUGUACCGGGACCGUAUUCCCUGCCGAUUUUCGGAACCAGGUGGAUAUUCUCUAGCAUCGGAUCUUAUACCUUGAACAAGAUCCACGAUGCUUACAAAGAUUUGAAUCAACGAUACGGAGCGUUGUGCAAAGAAGAGGCACUAUGGAACUUCCCGGUGAUCUCCGUCUUCUCCCGUCAGGACAUCGAGGCUGUGAUCCGACGAAGCCCGAGGUAUCCGCUUCGUCCUCCUCAGGAGGUGAUAUCCCAUUAUCGUCGCAAUCGUCACGAUCGUUACACGAACCUGGGUUUGGUCAACGAACAGGGGCAAAGGUGGCACGAUCUUCGGACCGCGCUUACGUCCGAAUUGACGGGGGCCAACACCGUCCUUGGAUUCUUCCCGGCCCUCAACGUGGUUGCCGAUUCCUUCAUCGAUUUGAUCCGUCGACGAAGAACGAUGGGAUACAAAGUAACGGGUUUCGAGGAGCUCGCCUAUAAAAUGGGACUCGAGAGUACGUGUACUCUGAUCUUGGGUCGACACCUUGGAUUCCUGAAGUCUGACUCCAGCAGCGAGCUGUCGAGCAGAUUGGCGGAAGCGGUCAGGAUUCACUUCACCGCCUCCCGAGACGCUUUUUACGGUUUACCGCUUUGGAAGCUGCUGCCUACGUCCGCGUACAAACAGCUGAUAGAGAGCGAGGAUGCUAUAUACAGCAUCAUAUCCGAUAUCGUGGAAACCACGAUAUGGGAGAAGAAAAACGAUGCCAAAGACGAAUCGGUGGAGGCGGUGUUUCAAUCCAUUUUAAAGCAGAAGAGUCUCGAUGUACGGGACAAGAAGGCAGCCAUCGUUGACUUCAUAGCUGCUGGCAUACACACGUUAGGAAAUACGCUGGUGUUCUUGUUCGAUUUGAUUGGUCGCAAUCCGAGGGUACAAGCGAAACUGUACGAAGAAAGCUACUCCUUGGCUCCUCCUGGCUGUGAUUUAACUACCGAGGAUCUGCGGAAAGCCAAGUAUCUGCGCGCCUGUAUCACCGAAUCCUUUCGAAUGAUCCCUACGACAACUUGUAUCGCUCGGAUCCUGGACGAAUCCCUCGAACUAAGCGGAUAUCGUCUCCCUGCAGGAACGGUGAUUCUUUUGCACACUUGGAUAGCAGGCUUGAGCGAGGACAAUUUUAAAGAUGCUUCAGAGUAUUUGCCGGAGAGAUGGUUAACGCCGAUCGCUCCGCAUUCACCGUUACUAGUUGCGCCUUUCGGAGCUGGGAGAAGAAUAUGCCCGGGUAAGCGGUUCGUGGAACUGGCGCUACAGCUUAUCCUUGCGAAGAUCAUACGAGAGUUCGAGAUCGUCGUGGACGAGGAGCUUGGCUUGCAGUUUGAAUUCAUUCUUGCCCCCGAGAGUCCUGUGACUCUUGGCUUCCGUGAUCGUUCUCAAAAAGCGUAACAACUCGAGAACGUAAGCGGGCAAAACAGACCAAACGCUUAAUCGGUGAAAUCUUCACAGAGGUUUCGCGCCGUUUCCACGGUUGCUCAUGUGUUAUUUCGUACGUAUACCGUUUUCCUAAGACUCCUUUGAUUCGUUCAAAGCACGUAUUUCCGUUUAUUUCGUUCAGAAUAUUUAUCGUUCUAUUUAUAUUUAAUCGUGCACGCGUCGACGUUUUGGGAUCGUUUUAUUUCUCUCACAUUUGUUGCAAAGUUUUCCCGUUUAGUUUAGGUGAAAAUAAGACGAUCCCGAAUGCGACCGUUCUCUACGUUUAUUGUGCAUCGUAUCGUUUGUCACGGUCGAAAUUAGAGAACGUCGAUCGUCGACAAAUUCUCUAUGUAAAAAGCUGUAAUUCGAUACCGAAUUCGCUUGGAAAAGGUAUAAAAAUUGAAAUCGACGACAUAUAACAUUCGUGUAAAUAAAAGAAGAAAAAAAUAUGUAGACAAAUCGUUUGUUAAAUGUAACGAUGAACGCGUCAAAAAGUUCAACAGACGUGAAUAUUCACAUUCUUUUUUAUCUCUGGUGAAAUUAAAUUACGUUUAUUUUGAUUUUCUAAUAUGGCCAUAUUUCUACAAGAUGCGUA